AUGUUGUCGAGGUUGCUGUCCAGCUCAUGGUGUGCGCCCUGGAGGCAGGCGCAGAGAAUGUUUUCCACCACCGUUCCAAUACAAGCCACGCUGAACCAAAUCAAGAGAGGGUCCGGCCCUCCAAGACGCAAGAAGGUGACUACGGCCCCACAGCUGGACCAGUGUCCCCAACGGAAGGGUGUUGUGCUGCGUGUGAUGGUACUGAAGCCCAAGAAGCCUAAUUCCGCGCAAAGAAAGGCAUGCAGAGUCCGGCUGUCUAACGGGAACGUGGUGUCGGCGUACAUCCCGGGUGAAGGCCAUGAUGCCCAAGAGCACUCGAUCGUAUAUGUGAGAGGAGGCCGUUGCCAGGAUCUGCCUGGUGUGAAGUACCACGUCAUCAGAGGCGCUGGUGACCUGAGCGGCGUAGUUAACAGGAUCUCUUCGAGAUCGAAAUACGGGGCCAAGAAGCCAAGCAAGUCGUGA